UGAAUGACAAAAUUUAAGUUUUACAUAUUUUAGAUACAUAUGAACAUCGAAUCAAAAACAGAGGAUCUAUGAAAAAUAUGUAUGUAGAAAGCAAUUUCGACAGAUUCGAGACGGACUAGUGCUGGUGCAAAUGGGAGGUCUUCUUCAGCCCUUUGGCUGUACGUUUUUGUCACGGUGUCGGUUGGUCGGCGCCGACAAAGCCCAACAAUGGCCGCAGUGUUAACAAUACUAACUACAUCACUGCACCAAAUACAUGCAACAAAAAUGCAUAAGCGUCUACAUAGGUGUUGCUUUAAUAGCAGUGGCAAUAUCAGCGGCAAAGCCGUUAGCAAAGCACUCCAGCAGUCAAGCACAGCUCUAAUGUGUGCCGACGUCCACACAAUGCCAGCGGAAGCAAGGAGGGAAACGAGCAUAGGAAGAGAAUUCUUCUGCAAACAGCAAAAUCAAACUGAAUAUUAUAUAUCGGAAAUAGAAAGUGUGGCUGUUAACUCUAUUAAUGCACUUGAGCAUCCCGAGACCGAGGCACAUCCAAUCAAAUGACCAUAUGAAAGCCCGUGUAAUUAUACAACUCGUCAAUUUUAUCAAAGUCAAUUUUAUCGUCAAAUCAAAAUCUUCGCCGUAAUUAGCUUAUCUAAUUCAUGGGGUUAAGUAACGCACUACUUCUAAGCAGAUUUAGAUUGCGAACCCAGCUUUAUAACAUAUUGUUGCUCUGUGGAACUCUCCAGUAGUCGGAUAAAAUUCAAGCGCACUCCAAACUCGAAAGAGAAGG